AUGGCCAGCCCGCCCCUCCUGCGCGCCGCCUGCGCGCUCGUCCCGACGCACGGCUUCACGCGCCGCGCGCUCGCGCUCUCCGCGCUCUCCCUCCCGCAACCGCAUGAACAACCGCUCUCCGACACGGCGAUAAACGCGCUGUUUGGCGAGGGCGACGACGCGCGCCGGACGCUGGCGGACGCGUGGUUGGAGAAUGCCCGGGAGGAGGUGCGUGGGCGGUUCCAAGGCAGGGCGCAGGUGCCGAGGGUAAAUGAGGUGCUGGAGGCGAGGCUGGAGGCGAACGAGCCGGUGUUGAGGCACCUGCCCGAGGCGUUCGCCCUCCUCGCGUCGCCGACGUACCCCCUCCCCCCGCUCGACCCCCGGCCGGGGCUGAAGCACGCGUUCAAAGUUGCCGACGACGCGUGCCGUAUUGCUGGGGAAGCUACAAUCGGGACGGAUUGGUACGUCCGCCGCGGCACGCUCGCAGCCAUCUACGCCGCCGCAGAGCUGCACCAGCUAACCUCGCCCACCACGGCUUACGCCUUCCUCGACACGCUCCUCGCCGCGUCCGCCACCGCCAAGUCCUCCCUCGACGACGUCGGCACCUUCGCCAACUACAUCGCGCGCAGCUGGGCGGGGAUCGUCCGCAGCUCCGGCGUCUUCUAAAUUUCAACAACCGACACUCCAGAUUCAUAUCAACGUCAUGCUGCGAGAGGUACAUUAAUCACCGGUCAACUUUAUUGCAAGUCGAGUGACGCGUCAAUAGAUAGUAUGCUAUGUGUAUACGUAUGCGCCGAUACAUUAAAUAAGACAACAGAGAUCCGUCCAGUCCGAGCAUAUCCAAAGGAGCGUAUAGGUGACACCACGGCCAAUAUCAGCAAUCGCAAUCCGAACCUAAACCAGGGCUAUACAAGCCCCCGCCCGCCCAUCCUUACCGUAUCUCCGACGGCACGAAUGAGUUCCGCCCACAGUCCCCUUAUCAGCCCGUCCCCAGCGGGCGCGUGCACAAGCCGCUUGCGCACCUGCUCCGCGGUGCCGCCCAUCGCCGCGCCUCUACUCCUCCUGACCUUGAAGAGCAACGACGCGAGCGGGAGCACGAGGACCAACACGACGAACCCCGUGACUCUGGACGAGUGGUGCCGCACGUACUCGCGCACGAACGCGAGGACCUCUGACGCCGUGCGGGGCCACGCCGCGGAGGAUGUGGGCAGGGACACCGGCCGGCGG